UUCUAACCAAUCGGGCGGCAGCCGUCUGCCGGACGGCGUCGACUCCAUCACGGAGGUGGACGGCCACGGUGUUCCUUGUGUUGCCGGCGAGCUCUCUUUCGACGGCACGUGUCUCGUAACACCUGGAUGGUCAAGUCUCUCUCUCUCCUCCGCGACCGUACGCAGGCAAGUGAACACUAAUUCCAAAAUCCCACGCAGAAACAAAUUCAGUAAUUACAGACUUGUCCUCACCAAACUCUUCUCCAUCCCAUAUAAAUCCACCCCCUCUCCCUCCAGUCCCGAAAGUUUCAAGAUCUUCCUUUUUCCAUUCCAAUCCAAUCCAAUCACCUCGCCGCAACGUCAAUUUCGGCGAUGUCAACCUCCGCCGUUCAUCUCCCACCAGGCUUCCGCUUCCACCCCACCGACGAAGAACUCAUCUUACACUACCUCAGAAAUCGCGCAUCUUCGUCCCCAUGCCCAGCUUCCAUCAUCGCCGAGGUUGAUAUCUACAAAUUUGAUCCUUGGGAACUUCCUGAAAAAGCGUCGUUUGGUGAUCGGGAAUGGUAUUUCUUCAGCCCGAGGGAUCGAAAGUACCCAAACGGAAUCCGGCCGAACCGCGCUGCGGCGUCUGGGUACUGGAAAGCAACGGGGACUGAUAAGCCUAUUAGCUCUGGGAGUGAGAACAUUGGAGUGAAGAAGGCGCUUGUGUUCUAUAAAGGCCGGCCUCCUAAAGGGCUCAAGACUAAUUGGAUCAUGCAUGAAUAUAGACUUGCAGAUGCAAACAAAAGCAAUAGCUACAAGCCCAUCAGAAUUCGAGAUCAUUCCAUGCGGCUGGAUGAUUGGGUUCUCUGCCGAAUCUAUAAGAAGAGCAAUCACCUGUCGCCAACAAUGGCGGAUCAAGAACAAGAAGAUCCAUGCGGGGAAGAAACCUGCUUUCCAGCUAUGGAAAACCAGAUGAUGCCACAGAACCAUGGAAUGAAGCUACAAAAAGCUUCAUCCAUAUCAGAAUUCCUCAAAGAUUACUCCCCGCUAUUGAAUCUUUUGGAUAAUCAGCCAGAGCUUCCAAUGUUUGAUACCAAUUCCAUUAUUGGCCACCCACUUUUAUCUCAAACCAUUAUAAAUCAAAGCCGAGAAGGUAACGGCACUGGUUACUUUCUCCCACAGCUCUCGCAGGCAGAUUCCCCUGUUUCCAUUGGUGCAAAGCGCCAAAAAAUGGCUGACUGCAAUUCUGAAGAGAGCAGUGGAAUUCUGCAGUUUUUGAAGAAACAGAAUGAUCUCAAUAUGUUUCCAAACUUCUCCAGCCAGUUUGAUGUCUCACAGUACGGCUUGUUGAGCCAACCAUUGCUGAGGAAUUCUAACAUUGGUAGCCUCUAAUGAGUUCAUAUACAUCAGUUAUAGUGGAACUAAGAUAUUAAAGAAUGAAGGCUUAAAGAGCUCUCUGGUAUACUGUUUUUCUCUCUUUUUUGUAAAGUUAGCUUCAAUUGUAUUAUUGCAUGGGGAUGCGGGGAAAGACAAAUGGAAAAUAUUAAGAAUUUUCCAUAUAAUUCUUUUGAAAGAACUCUUAAGAUGUAAUAGAAAUAGUGGAGUGGUAGAUAGUUUGUGGAUUGGGGUAUAUGUUGAAGCAUGGUUCAUAUUUCCUUAAUAAAAAUUUAGAUAUUGUUAAUUUCAUCA